AUGGAUAGGGGUAGCUUGUGGAAGAGAGUGGUGUGGGCAAUACAUAAUAACUCACGGUCUUGGAGCUUUAUUCCAGCAAAGUUGUCUCUUGCCGGGCCAUGGAAACAAAUAAAAAAAUUGUCGGAUGAUUUCGAGGCUAUGGGUAUCAAUCUGGAACUUAUGUUUAAAGGGUAUCCGGGUUCCGAGAAACAGAUGUUAUUCUGGAAAGAGAGGUGGUUGUUCGAUGUACCGCUUUGCGAGAAAUACCCGCUGAUUUUUCAGCUUGAGACGAACAAGAAUGCUCUUAUUAGGGAUCGGGUCAUUGAGGGGGAUGCCGGAAGGGAGCUAUUUUACUCGUGGGUCAGAUUACCGACAAGUGUAGCUGAAACGGAUGAACUUGACAGUCUCUCAGUUGCGGUUAUGGGGUUCGAGUUUGGGCUUGGAGCGGAUAGGUGGGUGUGGAAGUUGGAGGAUUCGGGGAUAUUCUCGGUAAAUAGUGUGCGAAAUAAGUUACAGCACAAUGUUUUUUCUGAUCUCAGGUUGGAGUUCGAAUGGAACAAUUGGUCGCCUAUAAAGGUGAACUUUUUAGUAUGGAGACUUAUUCAGGAUAAAGUGCCCACCACCAUGGCCCUCACUAGAAGAAAUGUGGUGGUGACGAAUAGCCGCUGUAGAAUGUGCGAUGAGGAAGAUGAAUCAGCUUUGCACCUUUUCGGCUCCUGCCGAGUUGCGGAUCAAAUCUGGGAGUUUAUUUCUAGAUGGUGCAGGAUCAGAUCUAUUUUUAUUUUGGAAUUAUCAGAUCUGGCCAACAUUCACAAAAGGAACAGAGGUUCGGAGAGAUGGAAAAAAGCGGUAUCUAUGGUGACUCAAGCAGCUAUUUGGGUCAUUUGGAGGAGCCGUAAUGACGCGGUUUUUAACGGAAAGCACCCAAACGUAAGCAGAAUGAAAGAAGAGAUUAAGAUGCUUGGUUACAUGUGGUUAAAAAGUCGUGUGAAGCUGGAGAAUUUAGCAUGGGUCAACUGGUGCAAUUUCGAUCUGUAUGCUCUUGGUGUAUGA